AUCGACACCGAGAUUGCCCCUGCCUGUCCUCGGGCAUGAGGAGGCGCAGAUCGCCAAUGGCGUCAAUCAGCGGCCAAUCAACGUGAUUGAUCUUUUCGGUCGGUCUCGUGUGAUUGGAAAUGGGAAAGCAAAUGGUCUGGCGAAAAUGGGGAUUGCAGGUAAUCGUGCCUAAGUUGCACCACUGCUGACUCGGCACCUUAAUUGUUUCUGGUCAUACCUGUUUGUACAGAGUCGUACGUGUGGCACAAAGUGAUCCCAGCAUUAGUGUCAUGCAUGAUACAGAAACCGAGAACAAUCUUGCCCUGCUACACCAGCUCAUAGACCCCUGCCAUAAUGGCGCAUGAUGACAGUGGCUACAAGAUAUCAGCAGAACAAGCCUCCUUGAUGUCAUUUGAAGCAAUUGAGGAAGCAGAUGUAGUUCACUGGAUAAAUGAUCCGAAUGGACCGGGCAUCCUUAGUCGAAGUAAUAGCACAAAUGAAUCAGAACUGUACAGCAGCCCUUCUGAGAGAACAGAGUUGUAUAAUGGCCGCAUCCUACUGGUUCUCACUUCCAGUGGCUUCUGGUGGUCUCAGGGGUUCGAUCUGGAGUCAUGUGAGGAAAAUCUUGCCAGAUUUGGAGUUCAGGUGCCACCAGAAGAUUAUGAGCUGCCCAUUCGAGCAUCCCUAAUGAGCACAGAAGUAAGACGAUACAUGUAUUUCAGUUCCACUGGCUUCAUGAUGCUGCUUGCACCAGUGUUUUAUCUGGCAGUAUGGUGUUGUCUCUUCUCAACUUUUCACCUCUACCUGGACCAAUACGUGAAGAGCUUUUUCUGGGCUUUCUGCCUUCUAAUCAGCACCAUCUCUGUACUUCUGACCACCAUCCUCCUCCUCCUCCUGCAUCGACACAAUCAAAAGAUUAAUGUGAACACAGAUAUGCGACUCAUCUGGGCCAAUGAGAACCUUGUGAAGCACAACAUUUUGGUUGGCGUUUUGGAUGUAACAAAACAUUGCACAAGUAUGCUUCAUCUCUGCUUUGUGUACUUUGAUGUUAAGGAGUGUGAGAGGAGACUCGCUUCUCUGCUGGAAGAACGACAUCAGACGGGGUCUGGAUUUCAGUCCCUUUUGAAUCAGAAGCUGGGCCACCUCUGUAUUGUCAUAGAAACAAAUCAAUCCAGUCCCCUGACCAACAUCAAGGCAGAGUCUGAAGAAACUCCACUACUAGGGAAUGAUGAGGACAGUCGCCGGAACAGCAAUCAACAAACACAGCAUGUUUUUAACACACUGACAUGCCUUGUGCCUAAAGGCACAGCUAAGACAGAAGAAUUUAAAUGGGUGAUUGACACAACACGAACCACCAGCCCCUACAAAUAAGGUAUAUCAACAAGUACUCAGUCAGGUGGAAAAUGGACCAGAAGAGGACAAGAAAGAUUCGAGGAAGAAUUUCCUAACACUUCAGCUAGGGAACAAGAUGUUGCCUUUACAACUUAAAUGAGAUCAACACUUUGUCUACCAAUAUCUGCUUUUUCUCAACUAUCGGUAAUUGUCACGAGUAGUUUGGCUGUAUGUUGAAUUAAUGUACCAAAUCUAAACUGCUGCUUAACAAUUUAAACCACCCAAAAGUGACUUUAAAAUAGUCUUCUGCCUGUCUUGGGUAACUGUAGUCUAAAUCCCAAAAUGGAAGGAAUAAUGACAAUUGUUUAAAUAUAGAAGUAUCACAGCUGAGUCCAGUUUUAUUGGUAUGUUCUAUUUGUAAUGACUGGGUGUGCGAUUCAACAGGAAGAUUGAGGAUUCCGUGACCACAGAUACUCAAAAUAAGUAGUCAACUGAGUAAUUUUAAGGUACAUUAGCUUUUAGGCAGAAAAAGUAUACACAGUGUGAUAACUGACUGCUUAUAGAUAGAGGAUGAAAGGAUGGUUGGUACAGUGUGUUGAUCCCAGCAGCUUGUGAAUGCAGCAUUCCACUCUCUAGCUAAAGUGUUAGAAUCUAUUCCCUUGGUCUUCUUCCAUCUUUCACCUAAAGGCAGCAGCUACCUGACAAGCCCCACCUCCAAAUAAGGAUUUUAUAAACACAUUUCCUUUCUGGGGCCCAUAGUUUAUCCUAUGUCAAUCACCUUUUCAAAUUCUUCUAUCCAAUGAACAUAGGAGAGGAUCCCAAGAUUUUUGGUUAGUUUAUUUCAGUCUGUUCAUGUCCCAGAACCAUUCAUCAGUUUUCCACGUGCUGACUUAAAUAUUGGGUGUACAACCUCUCAGAUGACCUC